AUGUCUCUUUGGCUCCAGGACAUUGGGGUCCACAGUAUUGACAACUGUGUGGUCCUUGGCAAGCACUGCAGGAAUUCUGUGGCUUCAAGAUCUUUUGGGCUCCUAAGUGGCACCUCCAAGACUGGUAGCAGGGCAGGCAGUGGUGGUGGAUGGAGCCAGUGGUGUGCACAUACUCGGCUGCAGGGGCCAGCUGCAGGUGCCUAUGUAGUGGCAGAGGGGGCCAAAGCAGAGGCUUCCUGGUCCCUAGAGAGACCCCUCCACCAGGAGGACGUACGCAGCUCAUGGACCUUUCCAGACAUAGAUGCAGCCUCUGGGGGGAGCUGGUCCUUGUGGCAUGGGCCCAUGUUCAACAGCCGGGAAAGAAUGUACAUGACAGGACUGCUGAUCAGGGGGUCUCAAUUAAGUGAUACAGGGAGCUACACUGUGUGGGUAGAAGCCAGCAACGGGACCCAGAGAGCAACUGGCUGGCCUGAGAUUCGAGAGUUGGAAAUCCCAGGCAUCUCAGUCAACAUUAGCUCCGUGGCAGAAAACAUGGAUUCCUUGGCUGCUGUCUGCCAUACCAGUGCCACCAACGUCAAGUGGUAUGUGAGUUACACACAGGUGUCCAGCUAUGACCACAUGACAGUCUCCCCAGACAACAAGACACUCAUCAUCCAAAGGAUCAGUAGCUGCAACUCACCACUUCAGUGUGGGAUAGAAAUCCUCCCACAGAUUAUUGAGAGAAGUGAAGUAAUCUUUCCGACAUUGACCUAUGGUCCCUCCAGUGUGCUGAUCAGGAGUAAGCGCCGUAACUUCAAUGGCAUCCUGCCUGCUGAGAUGGGCUCCCAGGUGGAGAUGGAGUGUAUCUCCUAUUUCAGACCAGAAUUCAAGUACCAGUGGAUCCACUUCCACUGUGGAUUCAAGUACCAGUGGAUCCACUUCCUCCUGAACUUCUCAGAAAAAAUUACCUUCCUGAAUCUGAUCUGGGACCAGAUGGGCAGAUACAGAUAUCAGGAAGUCCAACUCCAGGUGCCCUGGCAGGACUGCUUUUAGCAAAGAUUUCACUAUCUCAGGAUCCUUGCUGGUAUUUCUCAUCAUGGUGACAGCAGUGGGCAGUGUCCUCUUCUGUGCAUUCCUCAUUCAUACCCUGAUCAGACAUUACUCUACCAGGGCAAAUUGGGCUACAUGACCACCCACCUCAGACAUAGAAGACAAGACCAGAUGGGCAAGGAGGGUUCCAACUCCCCCACUUCGUUAUCCGACACCAUGGGACCAUCAGGUAUGCCCCUUCUCAACAUUGCCAGGGACAGAGAAACGGAACAACCUAUACAUGCCCAAUAACCGGGAAUUGCUUAAAUGGGAUGCAGCACAUGUUGAGUGAAUCUGUCAUUGUUAGAAACCACGCUGGGGAAAGCCAUUUACUGAUGCAGAGAAUGUUCACAACUUGUUGCCAGGUUAGAAAUGCAUAAUGCAAACCUGCAUCUGAUAGUAUCAUAUUGUGAAAAGUAUAGAUUAGUUAAUUGAUAUAGAUGUAAUAUUACAGUGUGUAUGUAUGUAUGUGUUUUCCAGUUUUAUGUGUACACACACACACAUAUAUAUGUAUAUAUAUAUAUACAUAUAUAUAUACACACAUAUAUAUGCACCUGUGCAAAAAUUGUGGAAAAUAUUACCUAUCAACAGUGUUAUCUCAGUUUCCUUCUUUGCACUUUACUGUAUAUUCUGAAGUGUUUUUUUUUCUUCACAAAUUAUAUAAAUUGUUCUUAUUAUUAGAAAACAAACCCCAAUAAAGGUAAAACAGCAUGAAGUUAAAAAAAACUUAUUUUGACAGAGAUUAGGAUGGUGGUCACCAGGGGCUGGGGGUGGGGGCACUGAGAAGAUGCUGUAUAAGGGUACCAACUUACAACUAGUGGAUAAAUAAGAUCUGGAAAUCUGAUGCACAACAUAGGGAUUAUAGUCGACAAUACUGUAUUACAAACUUCAAAAUUGCUAAGAGACUAAAUCUUAACUAUUCUCACUAUAAAAAAAGAAAUUAUAAAUAUGUGCCAUGAUAAAGGUGUUAGCUAGCACUACUGUAGUAACCCUAUGGCAAUAUGUAAAUGAAUCAAACCAACACAUUUUACAACUUAAACUGUACAACGUUAUAUGUCAGUUAUAUCUCCAUAAAAAAGGAAAAAUAUAUUUUGAACAACUUUUUUAAAAAGUUAUUUUGGACUUAUUUAGACAUAGAAACAAUGAUAAUAUGAAUGGCUAUGGCUGAAUUCACUCAUGUAACUUGAUAGCCACAUCAUAAACUGCUGCCUGGGUGAUGGUCAGACACUAUUGAUUGUAAGAUGCACAUGAAUUUCAGAGAUGCUGAAAUGUGAAAAAUGAAAAAGUACAUCUUAAAGUUAAUGAAAGGUAUUCUGUUUCCCUUCAACCAAUCUUCUAGAAUGUAGAAACUUCAUUUUCUUUGUAUAGUCACAUAUCUUUGAUACAUGAAUUUUUGUAAAAUAAUUUCCCUCUAUUCAAGACUUCAGGUCUUCCUAGCUUUAAAUCUUCCGAGCUUUAAGAGAAAAAUACCUUGGCUGACGCAAGUGUUUGUUGUUGAUUAUCAUCAUCUCAGACAAUAGUAGAGGCUCUGUGAUUGAGCUACUAAUUUUGUCUUUUUCAUUUUAUUAGAUGGAAAGCAGGCUGAAAGUUAUAUCCCUCCUACAGAGAUAUAUGCUGUUUGAUACUUAGCUGCAAUUUCGUAACACUUUAAAUUUCAUCUCAGUGUUGUAUAAAGAACAACAUUUUGGAGUCAAACAGACUUAGGUUUAUAUUCUGCUACUUACUAGUCAUGUGACUAGGUACA